AUGGAAAGACUUAGGUCUGGGAUUUUGAGUAAAGAAGCGUAUGGCAGGCCUAAGAAUUUCAACAUGUCGUUGAUUGAAAAUACCUUCAGGUAUUUUCUCAUAGCUUUCAGCGUCAUUACUGGUAUUCUGGGUAUUGUUGGCAUGGCUCUUUCUUCACUCGCAGCUUUUAAAAAAGACAUCUUUCUGAAAGGACUCAGUGACAUCAAACCAAAGCACAUCGUCGAUCAGUUAACGGACCAAACCGUUUACUACAGUGCUUGUGUUCUGUUUGUCGUAUCAAUCGUCAUAGUUCUGAUCUCCAUUUUGGGUUGUUAUGGGGGCAGCAAUGAAAAUAGAUGUAUGCUCUGCACAUAUUCCAUAGUGAUGUUUAUCCUGAUGUUAUUGAAUCUAAUAUUCCUCUGUUUGCUUUCCAGUGCUCAGUCAAGGAUGGAAGAAGAAAUUCAGACAGGUUUGUGGAUGGCAAUGAACGAGACCAAGGACGAUGAAGAGUUGAGUAAAGUUGUUGACCAAAUCUUCAUCAAUAAUGAAUGCUGUGGUGUGGAUUCCCCUGAAGACUUGAACGGAUAUGAUCACAUCUCGUGCUAUACGAUGGAGGGAAAUGUGGUCGGCUGUAAAGAGAGACUUGAUAAGUACAUUAAUAGAAGUUUCACUGCGAUCAAAGUAAUUUCAAUUAUCACAGCUAUUUUCCAGAACCUUCGACCAAAUUAUUUGGUGGAAAAACUCGCACAUUUCCUUGAAGUUUGCCGCAUCAACCAUAACAAGUCAGCCAGUGUCGAUUGGUUGAGUCAUGUAGCGUUAAUGGCUUUUAUGGCAAAACUGUAG